AUGAAGGGUGCAGUUUUCGCCGCAGCAUCGCUGCUCGGCAGUGUGAGCGCCGGGGUUCACAAGAUGCCUCUCAAGAAGGUAUCCUUGAGUGAGCAACUUGCGACUGCCAACAUGCAGGAGCAUGCCAAACACUUGGGUCAAAAGUAUAUGGGUGUUCGACCUGAAUCUCAUGCCAGUGAGAUGUUCAAGGAGACUUCCGUUCACGACGCAGGCGACCACACUGUUCCAGUUUCCAACUUCCUCAACGCUCAAUACUUCUCAGAAAUUACUAUCGGUACACCACCACAAACAUUCAAGGUCGUCCUUGAUACCGGAAGUUCCAACCUUUGGGUUCCAUCUUCCCAGUGCGGUUCCAUCGCAUGCUACCUUCACACAAAGUACGACUCAUCCUCAUCAUCUACCUACAAGGCAAAUGGAACUUCAUUCGAGAUCCGAUAUGGUUCAGGAAGCUUGAGUGGUUUCACCUCCAAGGACGUUAUGUCCAUUGGUGACCUGAAGAUUAAGGACCAAGUCUUCGCCGAAGCUACUGAAGAGCCUGGUCUUGCAUUUGCCUUCGGUAGAUUUGACGGUAUCUUGGGUCUUGGUUAUGAUACCAUCUCCGUAAACAAAAUCGUUCCACCUUUCUACAGCAUGAUCGAUCAAGGUCUUUUGGACGAGCCAGUUUUCGCCUUCUACUUGGGUUCCAAUGACGAGACUGACGCAUCCGAGGCUAUCUUCGGUGGCGUCAACAAGGACCACUACGAGGGCAAGAUCACCGAGAUCCCAUUGAGACGUAAGGCUUACUGGGAAGUUGACCUUGAUGCGAUCGCCUUUGGUGAUGCCAAGGCCGAGCUUGAUAACACUGGUGUUAUACUUGACACCGGAACUUCUCUCAUCGCCCUCCCAACCACCCUUGCUGAGCUUCUCAACAAGGAAAUCGGUGCUAAGAAGGGAUGGAACGGUCAAUACACUGUCGAUUGUGCCAAGCGUGACAGUCUCCCAGAUCUUACAUUCACCCUAAGCGGUCAUGAUUUCGCUAUUGGCCCUUACGACUACAUUCUCGAGGUUCAAGACUCCUGUAUCUCCACCUUCAUGGGUAUGGACUUCCCAGAACCAGUUGGACCUCUUGCUAUCUUGGGUGAUGCUUUCCUCCGAAGAUACUACUCCGUCUAUGACCUUGGUAAGAACACUGUUGGUCUUGCUAAGGCCAAGGCAUAAAUAUACUUUCAUCAAGCCAAAGUGCUAAAGUUGUAACAAAUUGAAUGCCCUCGAGUAACUUGAGGACGGAAAUCGGCGAUGGGAAUUUCCUUUUAGUGUGUAGAAUAGGGAGUUCUCAUUUCUCUAAUAAUAACUGUCAUGCAUGGUUUUCUCUUUGGGGAGGAGGGUUACUUUUCCUUGUUCAGAAAGCCUACAAUUGCCCAUUGAUCGUUGGUCAUUAUCACAUUAGUUUUUGAUGUCUACACAUCUAUUAGUACGAUACAGAAUACAGAUAUACUGAUGAAAAAAA